CAUAUACAUGUACAAUCUUCAAGCAUAAUGAAUUCACAUGUAUGUAUGUAUGUAUGCAUGCAUAUCCUUUUCUUUACUUAAACAAUAAGUACAGCUUCCCUUAAUUAAAACUCCACCAGUUUUUCCCUCUCUCUCUCUCAUGGCUACCGUUGACUUUUUAAAACUUUGAAAAACUACCUCUAAUAACCCAUUUCCUUGGCCACAUCCAUGGCUGACCAAACCCUUCUUUUCUUCUCUCCAUUCCUUUUCUGUUUGUCUUCUCCUUCCAUUCUUCCAUUGGAUCAUGAACUCCACGUCCGACGCUAAUGAUGGACUUCUCGGAUCCAACAACAUUGGUGGGUUUGGAUAUGGCAUCGGAGUUUCUGUUGGAAUCCUCCUGCUUAUCACCACCAUCACCUUGGCUUCCUACUUCUGCACCCGGACUCAACCGCCGCAGGGAGCACCGGCCAGGAGGACCAGACAAGAGCCUAAUAUUGAUCCCGACAGCUUCGUUGUCGAUGUAGGCCUCGAUGAGGAAACCAUAAAGAGCUACCCGAAGCUGCUUUACUCUGAGGCGAAGCUCCAGAAGAAAGAUUCUACAGCUUCAUGUUGUUCCAUAUGCUUGGCGGAUUACAAGAGCACUGACAUGCUUAGGCUGCUGCCUGACUGCAACCAUCUUUUCCAUCUCAAGUGUGUUGACCCUUGGUUGCGGUUGAACCCAACAUGUCCGGUUUGCCGGACAUCUCCCAUCCCAACGCCCUUGUCCACGCCUCUUGCUGAGGUGGUUCCAUUGUCAACCAGACAAGGUGGUUGAUGUCAAGAAAAACUGUUGUUUCUACAUAUUUGCUCACUUCUCUCUUCUCAGUCAUUAUAAUUCAGUCAAUGUAAAAUUGUUACUCGAUCCACAAGACGAGAUCUUUCCGUAGUAAAAGGUAUUUAUGCUUCUGCUUCUUUUCUGUGUGGAUUUUGCAUUGUAAUUGAGAUGAUUUGUUAUUGAUACAAAUACAAGAUAGUUGUAGGAAUUAUCAGUGUAGGACGAAACCUCAGUGGCUGAUGUUUGUUUGUAAAUUGCAUGCCAAGGAGAAUCUUUCUAGAAUGAGAAAAAGACAAGAUCUAUACUUUGUUUCA